AUGGACUACAGCUCGAUUGUCUUUCGCGAGUUCACGCACGAAUCACUUCAACGUAUUGAGUGUUAUCGACAAGAAGAAGCUGAACGUAUUACUUCUGAACGAUCAGAGGAAACACUAUGCAAAAACAACAUUAAUGACCAUCAUCUUAUAAAUAAAUCAUCAAAAGAUCCAGCAAAUGCUUCUAAACGAAAGCCUAAUAAAGAAUUGGCCACUGGAGAAACAUUACCAUUAAUUUUACAAUAUAAAUUUCCUCCUAAACUUAUUGGAAAACCUAUUGAAGAAAUUGAUCAGUAUUAUCGUGUUGAAUAUGGAUUUAUGGUUAUUAGUGCAAAUAACACAAUAUAUCGAUUUAGUUCAACACGCGCUUGUUAUUUAUUUUCUCCAUUUAAUUGCUUUCGGCGCAUAGCUAUACGUAUAUUAACACAUUCACUUUUUCUUACAUUGGUUAUGAUUACUAUUUUAACUAAUUGUGUAUUUAUGACACUUAAAAAUGCACCAGAAGUGAAUGAAUAUAUUUUUACAGCAAUUUACACAGUUGAAGCUUUAAUAAAAUGUGUUGCAAGAGGAUUCAUUCUAGAAAAACAUACAUUUUUACGUGAUCCAUGGAAUUGGUUGGAUUUCAUAGUAAUUGUGCUUGCAUAUAUAACAUUUUUUGUCCAUCUAGGAAACGUUGCAGUAUUACGAACUUUCCGUGUAUUAAGAGCAUUAAAAACUGUUGCCAUUGUACCUGGGUUAAAAACUAUUGUUAAUGCUUUGAUACAAUCGUUUAUUGCUCUACGAGAUGUGUCGGUUUUAUCGAUUUUUAUUCUUUCUAUAUUUGCUUUGGUUGGAUUACAACUUUAUAUGGGUACUCUCCGACAAAAAUGUGUACCGAGUUAUGACUCGUUUGUAAAUAAUACAAACUCGUACAGUGAAGGAUUUAAUAUGUCAUUUGAAUCCUAUUUGACAAAAAUUGAUAAUGAAAUUUAUUGGUAUAAAGAAAAUGGAGAUUAUCUCCUUUGUGGCAAUGCAAGUGGAACCGUAAGAUGUCCUGCUGGUUAUAUUUGUUGGAAAGAUCGAGGCAUGAACCCUAAUUUUGGAUAUACUAGUUUUGAUAAUUAUGGUUGGGCUAUGCUUUCAUGCUUUCGAUUAAUGACACAAGAUUAUUGGGAAAAUCUUUAUCAAUUGGUAUUGUCAACAGCUGGUCGUUAUCAUGCUGUAUUUUUUGUUGUUGUCAUUUUCUUUGGGUCAUUUUAUUUGGUUAAUUUAAUACUAGCCACUGUUUCCAUGUCCUAUCUUAAAGAACAAAUACUAGUUGAAGCUGAAAAUAAAGAGCGUGAGCGACGUAGAAAGGAUGAUGAACUGGAAAUACAAAAGGAAGAAGAAGGAAAAGUAUUAGAAGCUCAUGCACUUUUGCAUGUUGAUAAUGAACAAUAUGUUGAAAAUAGACGAAGUUUUGAAGAUUCAAAUCAUACAAAUUUACAUCCUGAUUUCCCUAUUGAACUUGAACAAAAUGGAAAAAAAAAGAAACUAAGUCACAAACAAUCAUUUCAAGCAUCACCAUCACCAUUUCAAUGUGAUAAAUUAAUAGCUGGUGCCACAACAAUACCAUUCUUUCGUGAAACACAAAAUAAUUCAACAGAUGAAGAUAGAAAAAGCGAACUAGUAGUUAGUUGUUCUGAUCUAGCAGAUCUCGGGCAAAAUGAUAAUCGAUUGACUAUUACACUCUAUCAAGCCGAACCUCAUGUCCAACAUGUUCAAACUACUGAAAUAUUAUCUGCUCAGGAAUCGAAUAGAACAAGUUUUCUACCAAAAAAUACAGCUGCAACGAAUACAAGUGGAGUGUUUAUCAGACUUGUACGAAUUUAUUGUUGUGAAUGGAGCUGUAAACUGGCAAUAUUUCAAAAGAUUCAAGCCGCCGUUGCUUUUAUUGUACUGGAUGCAUUUAUGGAUUUAUUUAUUACAAUAUGUAUUAUAUUAAAUACAUUAUUCUUGGCACUUGACCAUCAUGGCCAGAGUGAAACAAUGACACUAAUUUUAACAACAGGCAAUUAUGUUUUUACAGCUGUAUUUGCGGUUGAAGCUACACUUAAAAUAAUUGCACUGACACCAUCUAAAUAUUUAAAAAAUGGAUGGAAUGUAUUUGAUUUAUUAAUUGUUACAGUCAGUCUUAUUGAAUUAUGUUUUGCUCACGUAAAAGGUUUAAGUGUUUUACGUUCGUUUCGAUUAUUGCGUAUAUUUAAAUUGGCUAAAUCUUGGUCAACAUUGAAUCGUCUUAUAUCCAUUGUUGGUAAAUCAAUAGGAGCUUUAGCAAAUUUAACGUUGGUUCUCAUUAUUAUAAUAUUUAUUUUUGCUGUCGUGGGAAUGCAGUUAUUUGGUCAAAAAUAUGGAGAAAAUUUUGGCAAAGAUAUGCCAAGAUGGAACUUUUUUGACUUUUUUCAUUCAUUUAUGAUCGUAUUUCGUGUCUUAUGUGGUGAAUGGAUCGAAUCAAUGUGGGUGUGUCUUGAAUGUGCUGGAUGGCCCUGUGUUCCAUUUUUUUUGCUUACAUUUUUCCUUGGUAAUCUUGUGAUAUUAAAUUUAUUUUUGGCACUUUUACUGGCUUCAUUUGAUUCAAAUGUUUUAACUGAAAAAGAGGAUGAAGACGAUAAAAUUGGUGAAGCAAUUGAUCGUAUCCAACGAUUUUUUCAUUUGUUAAUUGAAAAUCUUGUUUACUUUUUUCGUGGAAAAAAACAACGGCAAAAAGAUGCUGAUGUCGAAAAUAAGAAUAAUGAAAAUCCACUUUCUACUGCAGAAGAACUAGUUAAUAAUAUUCCUUCAGCAAACUUUAAUCAAUCAGAAGACAUUAACUUCGCAGUACCUUUAAUUCAUGAUUUGUCAACAACACAUGAAGGCACUGAAGAGCAACCAAUCCAUGAUGAAACUAUAGAAUUUCAUCCAACACAGAGUAUUCUUUAUACGCCACCAUCUUGCUGCCCUAAAAUGAUAUUGAAGCAUUUUUGUUGCUGUGCUAAAUGUAUUCCACAAGGUAUUCACGAGCGAUGGACAACUAUUCGUAGACAUUCCUUUAGCUUAGUUGAACAUCGGUAUUUCGAAUGGUUUAUUAUUGUUAGUAUAGUAGGUAGCAGUAUAACUUUAGCUUUAGAAGAUGUUCACACUCGACAACAGCCAACAUUUUCUGAAGUUUUAGAGAUAUUCGACAAGAUUUUUACGAUUAUUUUUACACUGGAAUUAAUAUUGAAAUGGUUUGCAUAUGGAAUUAAAAAUUAUUUUACAGAUGGUUGGAAUAUAUUAGAUUUUGUUAUUGUUGUUGUUAGCGUUCUUGGAACUGGUCUUCAUUUGUUUGGUGUAGCUGAUAUUCCGGCAUUUAAAUCAAUGAGAACAUUAAGAGCUUUACGUCCAUUAAAGGCAUUAUCAAAAUUUGCAGGAAUUCGAAUUGUUGUCAAUGCAUUAUUUGGUGCCAUACCAUCGAUUUCUAAUGUUUUACUUGUUUGUCUUGUAUUUUGGUUAAUAUUUUCGAUUAUGGGUGUACAAUUAUUUGCUGGAAAAUUUUAUAAAUGUGUUUAUGUUGGUACACAUGAUCGUGUUGCAGCAUCAGAAAAUGUAACGAAUAAAACUGAUUGCUUAAAUAAAAAUUUUACAUGGGAAAACUCACGCCUAAAUUUUGACAACGUUCUUAAUGGUUACUUAGCAUUAUUUCAAAUUGUAAGUUACUAA